UCACAUUCCUUCUUUACGCCUCUGAUCGAGCAGGUCUUUCAAUCACUGGCUACGGAUUUGAUAUCCUUUGGUACUUUCCAAUUCAACCACCAUAAUGGCCGUGUCCAAGAUCGCUUCUAUCACUGGUCUCCUGGCCUCUGCCUCUCUCGUCGCUGCCCACGGUUAUGUGUCCGGAAUAGUCGUUGAUGGCAAAUACUACGGCGGAUACCUCGUCGAUAAGUACGCCUACAGCGACAACCCCCCAGAGACCAUUGGCUGGUCCACCUCUGCCACAGACCUCGGAUUUGUGGACGGCACGGGAUACCAGUCUCCCGAUAUCAUCUGUCACAAGAGUGGAAAGCCAGGUGCUCUGACUGCUGAGGUUGCCGCUGGCUCCAAAAUUGAAUUCCAGUGGACUGACUGGCCUGAGAGCCACCACGGCCCUGUCAUCAGCUACCUCGCCCCCUGUGGUGGCGACUGCUCCACAGUGGACAAGACUAGCCUGGAGUUCUUUAAGUUCGACGCCAAGGGCCUUAUUGACGGUAGCAGCCCCCCAGGCCACUGGGCGACUGAUGACUUGAUCAGCAACAACAACACUUGGAGUCUCACCGUCCCGAAAAGCAUACAGGAUGGCAACUACGUUCUCCGCCACGAGAUCAUUGGUCUUCAUUCUGCUGGCCAGAAGGACGGCGCUCAGAAUUACCCCCAGUGCAUCAAUAUCAAGGUCACUGGUGGCGGAGAUGCUACGCCUGCCGGCACCGCCGGCGAGGCCCUUUACAAGGACACGGAUGCAGGCAUUAAGUUCGAUAUCUAUAGUGGCCUGGGUGACGGAUACCCCAUUCCCGGACCCAAGCUUUUCAGCGGUUAAAGCCGGGAACUAAGCUUGAGGUCUGUGGGAGUCUUAUAUCGAAUGGUAUAGUCUCAUAGGGACUGAGGGAAGGGAGGGUGGUCUGUCUCUCUAUACUACCUUGCAAUCUAUCGGCAAUGUUCAUAUUCUGUGCAUAGCUUAGCUUUAUUAUCCUUCAGAUGUGAAUAUCGCAACUUUUCCUUCGGUAA